CAUUCUCUCCAGGUUGUUAUGGGAUGGGUGGUGGCUGAUUUUUUUUUUUUUUUUAAAAACCACCAGCUUCAGACUUCACCUUCAGUCUGAUGUUUCUGCGAGCUGGGGCCCUGCAUCUUUACAGGACCAGGACACUUUUUGAGGGGGAGAAUCGCACCAUAGGUACGGUGGCCCCCCAUGGCUCCACACACUCCACACACAGUGAGCUGUGUGAUCUUCAUCGUGAGCGUGUGCAUCGCGGCCUCACAGAUUACAGAGGUGAAUUACUCUCCCGAGGUAUCCUCCUACAAAAUGGCUGGAAGAGUUACAGCCAACACCGUUGUGUUGCAGCUCCCACGGUGUUACUUCAAUAGCGCUCCAUCGCUGUGCAACUUCUUGUGUGAUGUGUAUCUCGUUCCUGCUGUAGACUCAGGGGUCAAUAAUUUCGACGCAGACAAAACAAAGGCGUCUAUUCUCAGCUUGUCCCCAUAUCCAACGGCCUUCACAGGAAGCAACCCAAAGAACUACUACCUGACUAAAGUAGGCCCUCUUUCGAACUAUCCAUGCGUGGUACCUCCUGGGGUCAUGUUUUUCAGAGCUGGGGCAGAUGGUAAUUGUUCGACCCCUAACUGCAACGGGGCGUUGCCCACCGGCUCCACUGUGAGGUUCAAGUAUCUCCUGUUUAACUCGGCAACUCAAGCCCUUCUUAUGGAGACCAACUGGUCUGGAGAAGUCAUUCUUUAUUCUUUGUCAAACCCAGCAACUAUUGAUGACAGCAUGAAGCGGCGGUCUGGUGGAAUGAUAGUCAUCACAAGCAUCUUGAGUGUCUUCCUCGCUUUGCUGUUGUUGCUCCUGAUUGGUUUAUCGAUUUACGCCUGUCGCUACACCCCUGAAAAGGAGCCGUUACCCAGCCUGGGGUCUCUACGCGUCAAGAAGUAUGACACUCACAAUGUGAAACAGCCCCAACUGUAUGUCAACCAGGGCUAUGUGGAUGAGACCAAGAGGUACGCCUCUUCGGAGGUGCUGCCCUCUCAGUUGAAGAUCUCUGAAGACCUCGGUGACUCUGUAAAGCUCAAGAGGUAUCAGAAUUAUGAUCCCCCAAGUAGUGAGGACAAGAACACAGAGAAGCAAACAGAACAACAAACACCUCAGGACAAAGUGUACAAAGUCUAGUAUUACACCCUUUCUCUUUUACUUCAAUUGACUUUUACAAUGAACAUCAAAGAAGUCCCUUUCGUAUGGGGUACUUCAACGCUUCAAUGGGAAAAAAUGUCUAAGAAAAAAGGCAGAGGCUUUGUUUCACAAUUUCUUAUUUUUUACGGUCGAGGUUCAUUAACUACACAAUAAAAAUAGUAGCUUAAUUAAAAUGACUGAUUUCAGCACAGGACGGGCUGAAAAACACAUUGGGUUGCAUGAACCCAGUUUACUGAGUUAUAGAGGCAAUACUUCAAAUUGACUGAUCUUCAUCCAUACAGUGGAUCAGAAAAGCAAGGACAGCACUCUAGACGUUGGUAUAACGCAGGCGCGAAUGGUUGAGUAGGACAUAAAAGCAAAAUUCAUGUCAGCGAUGUGUCACCUAACAGUUCGUAAAGAAUCACAAUUCAAAAGCUGUACUACGUCCAACACAUCUCCUGAAAUCCAUUAAUACCUGACAAUAUUCAUUAUGUAACUAAAUAAAACAAAUGUAUCAUAGGGAACACUAAGGUAAAAGACAGCUGCAUGAUCUGCAGUGUUCUAUGUUACCUACUAUGGAGUCUUUGGAAAACUGAACUUAUAUUAAUUUUUCAUACAAAAAAUUGGGCUGGAAUUUGCUGACACAAUAUCCUCCUUUAGACACAUGCUCUGCAGACAAUCAAUGUUUGACUGCAAUGGGGGAGAGUCGGAUUACGUUCUGAUUGAGCAGGUCUACAGUGACAGGAAAGUUAUAUUUCUCUCUAAAAGUACAAUAAAAGUAGAGUUUAUAAUCAGAUGUUAGUCCUCAGUUUUCCCUUAAGCAGACUUUUAAUUCCACUUCAAUUACUAUAAUGUGUUGCCUUUUGCAUCAUUACGUUUAUAUUGAAUGCCACCAAUUCAGUAUUGCGCACAAAAUUAAAUGUGGGAAAAAUUCCGAUUUUACGAUACUAUUUGUAAGAGCGAUUUAAUACGUUAUUAGCUAUCUGGGACAUGUUGUGCUGAUUGGCAUUUUGCUGAUCCUUUUUAUGGAAGAACUGGACCUUUAAGUUUUUCAGCUGCUUCAAUGCAACAGAAGGUAAUGAUGUCAGAAAAAUCCCUACAUUUUAAUUUCUCUCACCUUUUCUUAGAAAUUCUAUGCAACUCUUUUUUAAAGCAUUUUAAUUUAAUUAUUUUUUUCUUUCAUGAAAUAGAUGCUGAUUUUGCACUGG